ACAGGAUUCUUCCAUCUUCGUUAGAGUUGGAGCUCAUGACAUAGACAAUUCGGGUACCGACUAUCAAGUAAAUAAGAUUAUUGUUCACAAGGACUACAAAUACCGUUUACACUAUUACGAUAUUGGUUUGAUUUUACUCUCGAAACCAAUCGAAUACAACGACAAAGUACAGCCUAUCUGUAUUCCUGAGUUGAACAAGUUGAACGUGAACUUAAACAAUAAGGAGGUCGUUGUUAUUGGUUGGGGUGUUACUGAAAGAGGUAGUGAGAAACAUAAUGUUCUACGUGAACUGAAGUUGCCCGUAGUUACAAACGAACUGUGCGACAAGUCUUAUCAAAAACUGGCAUUCUCCAAGCUCAACCGAGGAAUCACUGAUGAUAUGAUUUGUGCUGGGUAUCAGGAAGGAGGAAGAGAUGCUUGUCAGGGCGACUCUGGUGGUCCUCUGAUGUAUCAGGAUCCAAGAACAGGAAGAGUCGAAUUAGUGGGAGUUGUAUCAUUUGGGUUUGAUUGUGCUCGUCCCAACUUCCCCGGAGUUUACACGCGCCUCUCGAGCUACGGUAACUGGUUCCAGAAAGUCACCUUUGGAUAUUUACUCGCUACUUUAUUCGAAGUUGUGCCAGUAUUUUAAGCUGAAUAAGGUUGAAGACAGAUAUUGAAUAGAGAUCUA